ACACCCGAAUUACAUAGCUCCCCAUGCCCUCGUAACGAAGCCAACCUAGGUUACCUCCCUGUUAAGCUAGAGCUAAACCGCAUACCCAACGCGUGUUUCCGUUGAACCCAUAUAUACCGGCCGUGUGUGUAUCCGUUGAACCUGCAGUUGCCACACCUCUCUCGCCCCACAUAAACCUCAACAAGACAACAACUACUCUCUCUUUCUCUCUCGACGGUUCUUGGCGACCGCGAUGGGCUCCGUCUCCGCGGCCGAUGUGGUCAUACCGGCGUGCGCCGUUAUCGGCAUUGCCUUCGCGCUGUGGCAAUGGUUCCUCGUCGCCAAGGUGAAGGUGUCCGCCUACGCGCCGGCCGGCAACGGCCACGGCCGGGCGGUGUUCCGGGCGGAGGGUGAGGACGACGACGACGCCGCCCGUAUCGGCGGAGGCGGAGGCGACAGCGACGACGAGGAGGACGGAGGCGACGGCGCCGCGGCCGUGGCCAGGUGCGCCGAGAUCCAGAAUGCCAUUGCGGUUGGAGCAAACUCGUUCCUGUACACCCAAUACAAGUACCUGGCCGCCUUCACGGCGAUCUUCGCGGUGGUGAUCUUCCUGUUCCUGGGAUCCGUGCACCGGUUCAGCACUGCCAGCCAGCCAUGCCAGUACAGCAAGGGCAAGACCUGCAAGCCGGCGCUGGCCAACGCCGCGUUCACCACCGUGGCCUUCCUCCUGGGCGCGGUCACCUCUGUCGUGUCGGGCUACCUGGGCAUGCGGAUAGCCACCUUCGCCAACGCCCGGACGACGCUGGAGGCACGUAGGGGAAUCGGCGCCGCCUUCUCCACGGCGUUCCGGUCCGGCGCCGUCAUGGGCUUCCUCCUGUCCUCGCUGGGCCUCCUGGUGCUGUACAUUGCCAUCAAGAUCUUCGGGCUCUACUAUGGAGAUGACUGGGAGGGUCUGUACGAGUCGAUCACGGGGUACGGGCUCGGAGGCUCCUCCAUGGCGCUGUUCGGGAGGGUCGGCGGCGGGAUUUACACCAAGGCGGCGGACGUGGGCGCUGACUUGGUAGGGAAGGUGGAGAGGAACAUCCCGGAGGACGACCCGAGGAACCCCGCGGUGAUCGCGGACAAUGUGGGGGACAACGUCGGGGACAUCGCCGGAAUGGGGUCCGACCUGUUCGGGUCCUAUGCCGAGUCCACCUGCGCCGCGCUGUUCGUCGCGUCCAUCUCGUCGUUCGGCGCCGACAAGGACUUCGCGGCGGUGUGCUACCCUCUGCUGAUAAGCUCCGCGGGGCUCCUGGUGUGCCUAGCCACCACGCUCUUCGCCACCGAUUUCUUCAAGGUCAAGACCGCCCGCGGCGUAGCGCCGGCGCUCAAGCUGCAGCUCGUCAUCUCCACCGGGCUGAUGACCGUCGCCGCCCUCGUCGUCACCUUCGCCGCGCUCCCUGCUAAGUUCACCUUGUUCGAUUUCGGGGAGGAGAAGCAGGUCAAGAACUGGCACUUGUUCUUCUGCGUCGCUAUUGGAUUGUGGGCAGGUCUCGCCAUCGGCUUCACCACCGAGUACUUUACUAGCAACGCGUACAGCCCUGUUCGGGAUGUGGCCGAUUCUUGCAGGACCGGCGCGGCGACCAAUGUCAUUUUCGGGCUGGCGCUCGGGUACAAGUCCGUGAUCGUGCCUGUGUUCGCCAUCGCCGUGUCCAUCUACGUCAGCUUCACCCUGGCCUCGAUCUACGGCAUCGCCAUCGCCGCGCUCGGGAUGCUAAGCACGGUGGCCACAGGGCUGGCCAUCGACGCAUACGGGCCGAUAAGCGACAACGCCGGAGGCAUCGCCGAGAUGGCCGGCAUGAGCCGCAGGAUCCGCCAGCGGACGGACGCGCUUGACGCGGCCGGCAAUACCACUGCCGCGAUCGGCAAAGGUUUCGCCAUCGGGUCGGCGGCGUUGGUGUCGCUGGCGCUGUUCGGUGCGUUUGUGAGCCGCGCGGGCGUAACGGUGAUCAACCUGCUGAGCCCCAAGGUGUUCGCAGGGCUGCUGGUGGGCGCCAUGCUCCCGUACUGGUUCUCGGCGAUGACGAUGAAGAGCGUGGGCAGCGCGGCGCUGAAGAUGGUGGAGGAGGUGAGGCGGCAGUUCAGCACCAUCCCGGGGCUCAUGGAGGGGCGCGCCACGCCGGACUACGCCAGCUGCGUCAGGAUCUCCACAGACGCGUCGCUGAGGGAGAUGAUGCCGCCGGGGGCGCUGGUGCUGCUAGCGCCGCUCGUUGCCGGCACCUUGUUUGGCGUCCACACGCUCGCCGGCCUCCUCGCCGGGGCGCUGGCAUCCGGCGUGCAGGUGGCCAUAUCUGCUUCCAAUAGCGGGGGUGCGUGGGACAACGCCAAGAAAUACAUCGAGGCGGGCGUGUCGGAGCACGCCAAGUCCCUGGGACCAAAGGGUUCGGAGGCGCACAAGGCCGCCGUCAUAGGCGACACCAUCGGCGACCCACUCAAGGACACAUCCGGGCCGUCGCUCAACAUCCUCAUCAAGCUCAUGGCCGUCGAGUCGCUCGUCUUCGCGCCAUUCUUCGCGGCUCAUGGAGGCAUCAUAUUCAAAUAAAAUAACCUUAAUUACCCAUCUCCGUGAGAAACGACUAUCUAUGUCUGUAUAUUAUAUAUAAUCGCGCAAUGCAAAAAUUCAAUCCAGAGAACAAUAGAAAACGCUCCUGCUACUUCAA